AUGUGUUUUUAUUACCCUACUGCCAAACCGAAGAAAAGCAAGAAGGCCAGAAAACCGACGCCUGCGAAUAGUACGACCAGCAGCGAAAGUAUUCAAGACAGCGCACGCAUGUUCCCAGCCGCAAUGAAUCACCCGUACGGGAUGUACGUCCCAUAUGGCGCGGGGCAACGUUUCGAAGAGUAUGAGCCUAGCUAUAUCACGAAAGCCCAGGCUCAAUGGGCUUCCCAUGGGGAGACACUUAAAGGAACUCUCGGGGCGGUAGCGAAGAAUGGGAGUAAGAUAGACGACGUGAAAGCUUGUGUUUCCGAUGGGUUUGCGGAGACCCGAGACUCUUUUAAGAAUACCCAGCAAGCCGUCAGGGGAACCCACGUCGCUAUCAAUGACACUUAUACAGCAGUUGGGGACGUCCAUAACACUGUCAAGGAGGCUUACGACACUAUUCAGAAGAACCACGGCGAAUAUGCGGCAAAGCAGGACGGAUGCGUUGCUGAGAUUCGUCAGGUUCGAACGUUAUUGGAGGACGAGGCGAAGAAACGAGAAGAGGCACGUCGGAAACGGCAAGGCAUGCAGGAAGCCUGGGACUAUUUUCAGUGGUUCCAGCAGACAGAACGAGAGGCGGAACCGAAGUCAUCGAAAAGUAGUACCCGAACGCAAUCAAGCGGCAGUAGCAGUACUAGCAGUAAAAACGAUAGUAACACACGGCGUAGACGGCGAACGCCACCCGAGGACCAAUACGAGCCGGAGAAGCGACAAUAUCAGGACCGAGAUUUCAAAAAGGCAGUUUGGGAGUAUAUGGAUGAGAUUUUCGGCGACGGAUAUCCGCAUGCUGACCGCCCCGAGAAACAUCAUGAGAAUCAUAACCACUUCUACACAUACCCUCCAGCGACUCCAACAUGGUCCGGUCAGUAUCCUUCUGACCCUUGGAAUGGUCGACAGCACGCCCCUCCACCAUAUCCGGGUUGGGAAGGGUUCUACGAUGAUAAUGUUGAUGACGAUAUGGGUCGACAUCGACCUCCUAGACGGUCAUAUAACGCACCGCGAGGCGGCCGUGCUCGUAAGGGUCCAUGGUAA